UAAAAAAAGACUACGAUGAUAUUAACGAUGCUAACAAAUUCUAAAUUAUUAUGGGGGAUGUGGCAAGUGGUAGUUUACUGUGCAUCGCGCACGUCUGUGCCGCUGUUGGUGGCAGCAGGCGCGGUGCUGCUGGCGAUGUGGCUGAUGGCGCUGGUGCGUGAGGCACGCAAACUGCCACCAGGCCCAUGGGGACCGCCAGUUGUGGGCUACCUCCCAUUCGUGGGUGUGCGUCAUAAAACCUUCCUCGAACUGGCCCGCAGCUACGGUCCGCUCUUCUCCGCUCGGCUAGGUAACCAGCUGACAGUGGUCCUCAGCGAUUACCGGCUCAUCCGUGAGGCAUUCCGUCGCGAGGAGUUCACCGGCCGACCCAACACGCCGCUUAUGCACACCCUGGAAGGACUAGGUAUCAUCAAUAGCGAGGGCCGCCUCUGGAAGAGCCAGCGCCGGUUCCUUCAUGAGAAACUGCGCGAGUUUGGUAUGACAUACAUGGGCAAUGGCAAGAAAAUCAUGGAAGGAAGAAUUAAGAAUGAAGUACUGGAGUUGAUGGGCAGUUUACGCGCAUCUGACAGCACUCCCAUUGACGCAAACCCCUUACUCGCUCUCGUUGUGUCUAAUGUCAUCUGUGGCAUCACUAUGUCCGUGAGAUUUAGUCAGGGCGAUGAGCGCUUUGAGCACCUCAACCAUCUCAUCGAGGAAGGCAUGAGGCUUUUCGGGGAAAUACACUACGGAGAAUACGUCCCUCUUUACAACUAUCUCCCUGGAAAAACACAAGCCCAAGAGAGAAUAAUUCAAAAUCGCCUACAAAUGUUCGAUUUCUAUCAAACUUUGAUCGAUGAGCAUCGCGAAACUCUUGACGUGGACAACUCCAGAGACCUCAUUGAUGUUUACCUCAUAGAAAUUGAGAAAGCGAAGACCGAGGGCAGGGCUGGAGAGUUAUUCGAAGGACGUGAUCAUGAACUGCACCUAAAACAAAUUCUUGGUGACUUAUUUUCCGCCGGCAUGGAAACCAUUAAGUCGUCAUUAUUAUGGAUGAUUGUGUUUAUGCUGAGGAAUCCCGAUGUGAAGAAGCGCGUCCAGGAUGAGCUAGAUGCCGUAGUGGGUCGCAGCCGCCUUCCCACCGUCGAGGAUAUGCCUAACCUGCCCUAUACAGAAACCACCAUCCUAGAGACUUUGAGAAUGUCGAAUAUUGUUCCCCUCGCAACUACUCAUUCUCCCACUAAGGAUGUCCACCUAAAUGGGUACAGAAUUCCAGCGGGCUCGCAGGUGGUACCUUUGAUCAACUGCGUGCACAUGGAUCCCGAUCUAUGGGAGGAGCCUGAUAAGUUCAACCCUAGCCGAUUCAUCGAUGCUGACGGCAAAGUUCGACGACCAGAGUAUUUUAUGCCUUUUGGCGUGGGUCGGCGCAUGUGCCUAGGUGACGUAUUGGCGCGUAUGGAGAUGUUUAUGUUCUUCGCUAGUAUCAUGCACCAGUUUGACAUGCUUCCGGAAGCGGGUGUGGAACUGCCAUCAUUAGAAGGCAUCGUGGGGGCAACAAUCGCGCCCGAAUCCUUCCGUUUACGUUUCGUGCCCCGUGAACAACCUCCUCCACCGCCUCCGGAGCCACUCGUAGUUGAGCAUCAGGUGUUGCGCCACGUUGGUUCACAUUGACUAGCCGCCUAACCAUAAUCAGCACGCUGCGCAAGAGCGCUUGCCAAGUUCACCCACCAGUAUUCAUCGAUCACUCGUUUUAGAGCGCAUCUACGACCAUUAUUUAAGUCUUUAUAUUUAAGUGACUACGUCGCUGUGGCGAUGGUUGAGGCUGUGCAUAAAAGUGUUCAUUUAAUUAACCGACCUUAGACUUUAGCUUGUAUCGUAUGAUUCUGAUGAGAUUAUAUACAUAAAGUUGGUUGUGUGAGUUUGUAGUAUUAUAAAGGCGGUAUUACAGAUCAUAGCAAAUCACACUGUAUUAAACACUGUAGCGUUUAGUUAAGUAUUGUAUUAAGCUCUAGUACCUAUACCAAAAUAUACGCGUAUUCUAGGUCAUUAUUUAUUAGUAAAUAUCACUUAUGAGUGUUAUUGUUGAGUGUGAUCUCAUGUGUGUUAUGUUCCAUUAGUGCCUCGUCAAUUAUUAUUUCUAUUUAUAGUGUAACAUGUACCAUGCCGUGGUAGUGCAGGCUAGUCUAACGGUGGCUGCUACGUCGCCGAUGGUAAUACGAUUGAAUAUUUUAAGUUUCGUAUUUGGAUAUAAUUUUGUCUUGAUUUUCAACAUUUUGCAACGUAGUUGCCUCUGUAAUGAUAUUUUCAUAAACCCGAUAUUUAAAAACAAGUAGUUUACCGUUGUCAGUAACUUACCAUCCUUAGAUAAGUUUUAAGUACAUAGUUG